CCUCACUGUGACAGGUGCCUGACCAUUGACUGUGCCUCACGUUGCACUGCGUUGCACAAUUGUCACUCUCAGACAGUCUUUUGCGAUGUGUUUCGCUGAUGCACACACAAUUGCAAAAAUGCCAAAGAUAAUCAAAAGGAAGCGUUUAACCUUUGAAGAGAAAUAUCAGCUUGUACGCGAAGUGAAAGCAGGUGUCCCAAAAAAGUACUUGUUAGAGAAAUAUGGUAUCAGUGAGACGAUGUGCAGGAGAGUGUUAGCUCGCGAGGCUGAUUUAAACAGUAAGGGUGAAAGUUAUGAAUAUCAGACUAAGAAAUCGGCAAAAACAAGUAGCGAUGUGCUUUUGGAUGCUGCUGUCUUGGAAUGGUUCAUGCAAGCCAGAGACAGAGGUGAUCCAGUAUCCGGGCCGAUUAUUCAAGAGAAAGCUCGCGUUUUAGAUGAAAAGAUCAACGGUUCUCAAACUUUUAAAGCAAGCAAUGGAUGGCUCUAUGGUUUCAACAGGCGGUACGGUAUUCGAUUAAAAGGGGAAAAAUCGUCUAAUGAUCCUUUAGGUGCUGCGGAAUUUUCGCCAAUUUUGAAAACAAAAAUUCAAUCCGAAAAUUUAAACCUAGACAACAUUUACAAUGCAGACGAAUCUGGAUUUCUAUGGCGACUAUUGACGGCGUGCACUCUUCAUCUACAUAUAGAUGAGGAAGAAGCUUUGGAGAGAGAAGACUGCAAAGAUCGUAUCACGGCUUUAUUUUGUGCCAAUGCCUCUGGGAGUCAUCGAAUUCCACUUUUGUUAAUUGGAAAUUCUGAAACUCCAACAUGUCUGAACAAUCUAGUAACCACAAAUUCAGAAGAUCAACGCUUUAAAAACUUGGACAGUCUCGGGGUCCUCUACACACAUCAGGCCAAGGCAUGGAUCGAAAAAUCUAUAUUCUUGCUAUGGUACAAGGAUGUGUUUAUUCCGCGUGUUUUGGAACGUCAAAGACAGGAUGCAAUAGCGGGAAAGGUUCUUUUGCUCCUUGACAAUGCUCCAUGCCAUUCGACUUUGGAUGAGCUCAACGCGAUUAACGAAAACUUUGAAGUUUUAUAUUUGCCUCCGAAUGUGACGGCGUCGAACCAACCCAUGGCUCAAGGAAUAAUCUCGACGACGAAAAAACUCUACAAAAAAGAAUUAAUGAGACGUUUAUUGCUCAGUGAAAAAUCAAAAGGAGCUGUUCAGUUUUUAAAAGAAUUCGACCUUUCGGAUUGUUUCGGCAUGCUCAGCCUCGCCUGGGACGCUGUGAAAUCAUCUUCUCUUAAAAAAGCAUGGAAACCGCUUUUGACCGACUCACACCUUCUGGCUCGGCUAGAGGCCAAUUUAAAGCUAGGGCAAGAGGAGGAUCCUUUAUUCAUCGAUGAUGCAGUUCUGAGCGAACUGGAGUCUUCAAAUGAUUCGAUGAGUAUAUCUGAUGAAAUUUGCGAUCAAGUUUCGGAACUAUUAUCAGGAGCAGAUUCUUCUGUAGAAAAAACGAAAGAAUAUCUCCAGAAUUGGUUUGAAAAUCGGGUCGGAAAUGAUUACAUCGAUUGCGGUUGGGAGUCACUAUCAGACAGUGACAUUGUAAGCCUUGUUACAGAUCGCAAACGGGAGCCUGAAAAUGUGACUAAAAUAAAAAACAACGAAAAUAUAUUGAAAAAUCCUAAUUCUGUAAACUUUCUUGCAAAUAGUAGACGUGGAUCUCAAAUCGAAAAGAGCGAAACUAUGCUUGAAGAUCCUGUUUUUGUCAACUUUGUCACUAAUGGUAUUUACGAGCCUGAAAUUGUACCUAAAGUUGAAAACAGCGAAACUAUGUUUGAAAAUCCUGAUACUGCAAGUCUUGUUUCAAAUGAUAUACAUGGAUCUAAAAUUGUAACUGAAAUUGAAAAGAGCGAUAAUUUACUUGAAGAUCCUGUUCUUGCCAGCUUCGUUACAAAUGGUACAAGAGAGCCUGAAAUCGAGGAAAGUGAAACUGUGUUAGACAAUUCUGAAAAUAUGGAAAUAACUUCGUCGUCAGAGGCUUUUGUCCACUUGAUGAAGUUCAAAAAUUGGGCGGAAUCGCGAAAAGACUGCUUACCGCAAUACCUUGAUUGCAUUAAAGUAUUAGAGAACUGGGCAACCGAUCGAAAGGUAUGUUCGUGGACAUAGGAACUCCAUGUAAUUAUUUUUCAUAUGUUGAUACUCAUUUUGGGCUCUCUGAUUAUGAUGAUUAAAGUUUUUUUAUUUUUAUUAUUUAAACAAAUUUACCAAAUAUUAAUUUUACAAAUUUAUUAUCUUGCAUAAUUUUGGGUUCCUUUAGGGGUUACCGAACAUGAUAAUAAAAAUUUUAACAAAAUUUUUUUAAUGAAUUUAACAAAAAUUAAGUUUACAAUUUUUAUUUGCGGAAUUUCAGGAUUCUGAAAUGUCGACCGGAAGUUAUCCAAUUUUUCCUCUUUUUUUAGUAAUACUAGGCACUGAGCUAGCUAAAUUUUAUAGAAAAAUACAUGAACAAAAUGAUAAAAUUCAUUAUUUCUGGUCUGAUAAUUUAACGCGAAUUUAGAGCUCUCCGAGGGCAAAAUAUGUAUAUUGUACAUAAGACUCUAGUUGAAAUAAUAACUUUAAAUUUAGUUAUAUAUAAAUUAUGUACUUGAAUAAAGUUUGAUUUUCUGUUAUAAA